AUGGAUCGCCCAAAUAGAAGACAACAAGUAAAUAAAUUAAGGCAAAAAGAAAUUUUGGAUGAGCUUCGGAAAAAACGAAAUAAAUUGAAUGAAAAACGACAUAUAGAGCCGGAGCAAGGAGACGUUAAAAGAGAUCGUAAUGACACAGAUGUUCGCAUUUUCUCCAAAAAACCUAAAAAAGCUUCAGACAAGCAUUGCAAAGGUGAGCUGGAAUCUUUGAGUGACAAAGCUUGUCAUGUACUCCCGGUCAAAGAAAAAGGAAAAGGGACAACUAAUCUCAUUCGACAUUCGCGGGAAAUUGUAGAAUCUAUGAAUUGUCGAGAGGUGGGAUUUUACACAAAACAUUUCACUGAUGAUCACGAUGGGAUUAGUGAAAUAAGUUUGAUGUACCCGGGAUGGGAGGGAUUUGAAUCAUUUGCACUUGCUACACUUUCUCAAAACAAAGACAAAGAUAACGAAUAUCUUCCAAUGAAAGAUUUGAAAUCUACAGUUAACUUAAUAAUUGAUCACGUAUUAGCAGAUGAUAUAGCUGAAAUAUUUAAAACUUCUCUAAAUCAGAAAUCAGUACAAUUUGAAAUAAACAAUUCAAUCAAAAACCGUCUACUCGACGAAUUGCAAGAUGGUAUACAAAGAUACAACAAAAUGAUUAUGGACAUUCGCAAAAAUUCGAGUAAAUUAUGGCCGAAAUAUAUUACUGAAAGAAACACUGCCGAGCCUCGAUAUAUUCAAAUAGUAAAUCACGUAAUAGAGCAAACUUACGACCGAAUAAUCGGUCCUCGCGUGGAGCGACUCACCAAUAUUACUUCUAACCUUGACUUAAAUUAUGGUGAACUUAAUGCAGAUUUUAUACAUGACAUUAUCAUUAGGACAAAAAUUAAAAGUAACACAAUUUUUGUUGAUUUGGGUAGUGGCAUAGGAAACACAAUUUUGUAUGCGAGCAUUGCCACUGGAUGCAUGGGAUACGGCUAUGAGUUGCGGCAAAAACUUGUUGACCUUGCCAACGAACAGUAUGAAGAAAUUAAGACCCGAGGAAAAUUAUAUGGACUAGAAAUAGGACGAGUUGAAUUUUUAUCGGGUGACUUCAGAGAUAUUUAUAUCAAUCAUCCAAAUUUUAUUAAUAUUUUAUACUCUGCGGAUGUUAUUUUGGCCAAUAACCGGACCUUUUCACCAGAGACAAACCAAUUUUUAUACAACCUUUUUCUUGGUUUAAAAAAAGGUGCCAAGGUCGUAUCUUUAGAGUCUUUCGAGGGAUUUGAACCUCGUGGAAAACAAAGUGAACGCGUGUUCUCUAAUAUUAAGCAAUUUAGAUAUAAAGAGAAUUGGGUUUCUUGGACUCAUAGUGAUGGAAAAUUUUACAUUGCUACACAUGUUUAA